UACAUAUAUUUCAUAAAGCUAAUAAGAAAUAUAUAAUUAAUAUCCUUAAUUUUCGAAAAAUGGGAGGUUUAAAACGUAAGCUAGAAGGUGAGAUAGAGAUAAGAGUUGCUGGAGGUGAUGCCUUCCAUGACAUAUUCCAAGAGAAGCCUCAUCACAUCGCCAACAUCCAUCCUGAGUUAGUGCAUGACUGUGAGUUGCAUGAUGGUGCUUUUGGUAAACCUGGCUCCAAAAUUUGCUGGAAAUAUAAGCUAGAUGGAAAGAGUCAAUCUGGAAAGCAAAUACUUGAUGUGGUAGACGAGAAGAACAAAAUAAUAAAAUUCAGAAUGUUGGAAGGAGAUUUGAUGGAGGAUUAUAACACCUUUGUUCUAACAUAUCAAGUGAUACCUAAAGGUGAGCAUAAAAGCCUGGUAACUUGGACAUUUGAAUACGAGAAGAAGCAUCCUGGCGUUCCUGAGCCUUCUUCUUUGAUGGACGAAUUGCUCCGACUGGCCGAAAAAAUUGAUGAUCAUCACCACGCCGGCCAACCCAAAUAGACUAAUUAAUUAAGUACUAAGCCAUCUGUUAUCAUCGAUCUUAUGCUUUGUUUUUUACUACAUAAUAUGAUCGUAUGUGUUUAUUACUGCAAAAUAAGGCAUGUUUGCUGUUUGCACAUGCCCCAUAAGCAUCUAUGUAUGUGAAACAAUCGACUGGAUCAACAUGGUCUAUGUAUCAUGUAUGUUGGAUUGUUGGGGUGCUAUAUAUGUAUAAUGUAUUUUUUUUGGGUUCUACUACGAGGAGUUCCCACCGCCUUCGGCGAGUGGACUAAUCUCCCGUGGAUGUAUAAUGUAUUAUAUAUAUCAUAAUAUAUUUUUGUUGAUUUAA